UACAACAUAAAGAGAAAAAACAUCUGAAAGGAAAAUGCGCUGCAAAGGAAAAGCUGAACAGCAAAGAAAGUGACUUUGAAAAGACCCAACAAAAGGAUUGAGUGUAGAAGCCUCUGCAACAGCAUACUGGUUUGUAAGAAAUACAGAGUAAGCUUCCACGGAUAGACACAUUAAUGAGCAGACAUAUUGGAGAGAAGAACUGUAAUUAUUGCAAUCAGUCAUGGAACCAAAAUACUAAUUAACUGACAGCAUAACUUUAUAGAUCUCACAACUGUAAAUAGAUCAAAAGACUCCCAAGAAAUAAUUCUCUAGACAUCUCACAAACUAACAUGAGACUAUCUGACUUCACAGAAGGAUCUUAGUAAACGUAAACUAUCUGACAGGAACUGUGAUAGAUUUAACUGUAGUCUCUCCUUGGUUAAUUUUUUACUAGGUUUCCCAUGUUCUGCUUCAGCACAGGGAAUCUGGCACAUCAGUACAUCAGUGGUCUCUGCACUGCCUUUAAUCAUCAGAGGUACCCAUGCCCCCUGUGUCAGAAACCCCAAGUGACCCAGUCAGACUUAGUGUCUGCUCUAGGUCUAUUGUUUCCCUGGCUUAUAUUCUUCUGCUUCUAAUUGGUAUCUUGGGAAAUACCCUUGUUAUAAGAGUCUUACGUGGUCUCCGUGGUAGACGCAGUGUACAAGCAUCUCUCAGCCAACACAUGUGCAGCUUGGCAUCGUGUGACCUUCUGCAACUUGUAGUGGGAAUUCCCAUUGAACUGUAUAGCAGCAUCUGGUGUCCUUUCCCUUGGCCAUUGGGAGCAACAGGUUGUAGUGGCUUCUAUUACAUGUGGGAAGUGCUUUGCUAUGCUGCCAUAUUCAAUGUGUUGUCUUUGAGCUGUGAAAGGCACCAAGCCACUUGUCAGCCAUUGAGCCUCCAUCUGCGCCAGGCCUCAGGCGUGCGCCUUCGUAUUUGUUUAUUGUGGCUAGCCUCUUUCCUUGCUGGACUACCAAUGCUUUUCUCCAUGGGAUUGGAAAAUAUAUAUGCAGAGGUAACGGAACAGCAACCAGAGUUGUUGGCUUGUACACCACUUGGCCAGCGGAGAGGAUUCUUCACUGCUAGUGUCUGGGCAUCAUUUUUUACCUAUAUAGGUGUGUUACUGAUAGUGGGAGUGACCUGUUGGAAAAUGAGAAGGGCCCUUGAAGAAAGCCACACCUUGGAGGUCUUGGGACCAGAUGGAUCUGUUCAGUUUCUUGACAGGUUCUGCAAUGGACAGAUAAUGACAGCACGCAGGCAAAAUGCCAGGAUGUUGGGAUGCAUAGUAGGAGCUCUGGCAGUAUGUUGGCUUCCUUUCCAAGCUCGCCGUCUGAUGACCAUAAUGCGCAGUAAAGAGCAGUGGACAGAAACGUAUUACCGUUCAUACAUCACCUUACAACCCAUUACCAAUUCAUUUUACUAUCUGAGCUCCUGUCUCACUCCCCUGCUCUACAACCUGACAUCUCGCACCUUCCGCAGAGCCUUCCUUCAAACCCUGAUACCUUGUUUACAAAGACCACUACUGGCUUCUGGGUCAUGGCAACAACAGUCUAGUAUCCAGGGAGGCAGACUGUCUCAUCAAGGACAGGAAACUAGCAAUUUGUAAAGCAGUCUACCGUAUUCCCCUUAAUAGAUAGUUUAAUCCAAUAUCAUGGUUCUUUAAAAAAAAAAAAAAAAUCCUUCUGGACUGAUCAUAGAAACCAAAAUGUCCUUUAAAGUGAUUUAAAAAGCAGAGGUUCUACAUUACUAUUUUUAUUUUGCAUUGAAAAUAAUUGAUCUAACAUUUAUAUUCUGUAAUUAUUAUUCUGCAGUAUAAUCAUGAAUCUGUAAAUAUUAUUCCGUAAGGCACUCUUACAGUGGGGCUUAGGUUUUCAUAACAUUGCUAGCAAGCUAUGAAGUGCAAUAUUAAAUGUUCAGUUUAGUUAGACAAAAAAUAAAUCUGUGAAUGACUUUUUUUGAAUGUAUAACAUAUUGCAGUUUAAUGGCUGAAGUAUCAGUGGUGUGAAGAGUAACCAGCCAUAAUGUGCCCUGCAUAAAUCUUUAUGAGCUAUAUACUCUGUUAUAUGUUAUAUUGUAUAUAAA